AUUCAUCUUAUCUGAUGGUUUUGUGUGUACACUCACAAUGACAUGAUAAAUAUGCCUAAUUGUCACGUGAGAGGCCUAUAUCUCCUUAACUUCGUAUAAAUGGAACGUAUUUGAUUUUUCAAUUAACUAUUCUUAACAUGGUGCUAUUGUUUAUGAUCACAUCCUUUCAAAGUGGCACACCGUUUACUUUGUUUUAUAAAUAUUUUCCCCUCGAAUUCGAUUCGGAAUUGCUCAAAACAAGAUCCACUUCUUCAAAAGAUGCUAGUCCAAUGAUCGUGGCAGACGAAAUCAGAAGUGCAAGAAAAAGUCAAAAGAAAAGAAUAGAAGACAGAUUGCAUUCUGUCUACCAGUUUAACAUGGCUACGAAUCCGAGGAGUCCUGAGGCGGAUCUUCAGAUUUUAUCAAGUGACAGUGUUGUUCCUGAAUUUGAAACUGGGCAUUUUAAACUCUACAAAGGUGACCCGUUUUCAGAAGACAUGCGAGUGAUUUGGACUGCUGUGAAUGGUCUAAUUCUUGCCUUUAUUUGCCACAGUCAUGAAAAUAGAAAACAAGCAGAAAUUACUCUUUGUUUAUUAGUACGUCAAUUACACAUACUCUGUAAAAGUAUUCUUCAACCCAAUGAAAUUAUUUCAAAACCUGACAGAGUUCAAAUAGUGUUGUCCAAGUUUUUGCCUGAUGGAAAUCUUUUGCUUAUGAAUCAUCGAACUAUUAAACAAAUGGAACGUGAAGUAGAAUCUCUUCUUAAAAAUGUUUCUAGUUUCUAAUUAACUUACUGUAUUUAAAUCUAAUUAGGAAAAGAAAAAAUGUACAUACCAACAUGCAAUAUUAUGUUCGGAAUGCAAUAUUUCUUCUAGCUACUAUUUUUCAUUUGGCAUAAAUAAUUUAUUCUUAGCUUCACUGCCAUUAGUGCAUGAGACUUGUGUUGUUGUUUUUUUAAUAUUUUAAUUUUUACUUACAAAAAGGGAUUUGAUCAAAUUUAUUUAUUUUGUUAGUAUAUAAGCAACACUGUUUUGAUAGCUCAAGACCAAGAUGCUGAUUAUUUUUGUAUUUUCUCAGAUAAAUAUAUGUCUUAUUAGUUGAUGUAAUCUUGGCCAAACUAUAAUAAAUGACAGGCACUAGAUAUGUGCUUGAUCAAAGUAACCGAUAAUAACUCUCAUAUAUUCAUUAAGCUUUACAAUUUUUUAUUUUAAACAAAAGUAAACAAUACCGGUAGUUUUUCAUUGAAAUUUUAAUGUCUGAAUUCUUCAGUUAUGAAAAAUAAGACCAUUAUAUAUUAUAAAACAAAU